UCCUGUAUCAACCGAAGCGCUUUCAGUAUGGCAUCUGCACCGACCUCGGUUGGCCAAGAUCGGUCGACUAAAACAACCUCACCUAUCGUGUUUGAUGUAUCACAGCCUCCGGUAAUCGAGGGAUUUAGCCCGCUGUCAAGGGCAAAGGAAGAAAACUUUAAAGACAAAUUUAUCAGGAAAACAAAAGAAAAUCCAUUCGUCCCUAUAGGUUGCUUAGGAACCGCUGGGGCAUUGAUCUAUGGCCUCGGUGCCUUCAGAAGUGGCAAGACCCGGCAGUCGCAGUUGUCAAUGAGAGCCCGAAUCUUUGCUCAAGGCUUCACAGUCGUUGCCAUCAUAGUGGGUGUUGCUGCCACAGCACUGAAGCCAAAGUAGUGAAGAAACAACAGAGCAAUGACAGUUUGACCACACAGCCUUAUGUAGAUGAUGAGUGAAAAGUAAUGUAAAUGUGGAAUGAACUGAAUGCUUAAUCCUACCAUUUCUAUUUUCUUCAAAGAGAAUGGCCUAGUGCAAGAACAAAAGUCUGACAGGUGCCCAAUAUUUAUUUUAAAAGGGUCCUGAUGCGAGUCACAAAUAGCUACUUUUGUAGUUAUUUGGUGUUUAAGGGAAUUGGUAUUUUUUUCCUAUGUUGAUAAAUUAAGGUAGUGUAAAUGUUGUUUUAAAUGUUUCAUUGUGUCUUAUCUCAAUUGUCUGUUAUGUACAUUUAAGAAAAUGAUUUGAGGCACGUUGUAAUGUGACAACUAGAACCCUUAAUAUUAAACCAAUCUAUUCACAUGAAACAAUGUGUUAGUAUUCCUUGUAAAGGAGUCACAAUAAACAGUAAUUGAAUUAAGGCUUUUAUUAAAUUAUACAACAGUA